AUGGGGCUCGUCUUCUCCAAAGUGUUCUCCAAGCUCUUUGGGAAGAAGGACGUGCGCAUCCUCAUGGUCGGCCUCGACGCGGCGGGCAAGACAACCAUCCUGUACAAGCUCAAGCUGGGCGAGAUUGUGACGACCAUCCCGACGAUCGGCUUCAACGUCGAGACCGUCGAGUACAAGAACAUCUCCUUCACGGUGUGGGACGUCGGCGGCCAGGACAAGAUCCGCCCGCUCUGGCGCCACUACUACCAAAACACGCAGGGCGUCAUCUUUGUCGUCGACUCGAACGACCGCGACCGAGUCGUCGAGGCGCGCGACGAGCUGCACCGCAUGCUCAACGAGGACGAACUCCGCCAGGCGAUCCUACUGGUCUUUGCCAACAAGCAGGACUUGCCCAACGCGAUGAAUGCAGCAGAGAUCACUGACAAGCUCGGCCUCCACUCCCUCCGGCAGCGGAACUGGUACAUUCAAUCGACGUGCGCGACGACGGGCGACGGCCUCUACGAGGGCCUCGACUGGCUCUCCUCAUCAAUCUCUACCCUCCCCGCGAGCUGA